UGCCCUCGCCCCAUCUCCGUCCGGGGUCAGUCAGUCGCUCUCCGUCGCUGCCGAAGAGUCUCUGCUUCCCCCUCCAGCCCGCUCCGCGGCGGUAGUUCGGGCUCUCCGGGGAGGGGGAGACAGAGAAAAAGAGAGACCAACUUAAUAAAGUUUCCUGAAACAACUGCUACCAGAAAGGCCCAAGGUGGGGGUAACCCCCAUCCUUCCCCGCCCCUCUCCAAAAGCCUGAGGGACCGUUGCAGGUGGAGCGGCGCUGAAGGGAGCCGGGCUGCGGCGGCAGCCGUUUCCCCGGCAAGGGGCGCUUCGGAUCUUGCCCACUCCGGUUCCGGCUCCUUUGGUAGUGGCCGCGGCGCUGCUGCCGGGCGGUUCCUCCUGUCAACUGCCCGCGCCCGCGCGCCGCCAGUCCUUCGGCCCCACAACGCGGAGGGACGCCGUGAGCCGCCGCCGCCUCCUCGGCCAGCGGAGGGACGUGCCCAGCCGCAAUGAAGAGCUUCUUGCAGUGAAAGGAAAGUAGGUCGCACCCACUGAAAAUGCCUUUGAGGGAUAAAUACUGUCAAACUGACCACCAUCAUCACGGAUGCUGUGAACCAGUUUAUAUCCUGGAACCUGGAGAUCCUCCUUUGUUACAGCAACCACUACAGACAUCCAAAUCUGGUAUUCAGCAAAUAAUUGAAUGCUUUCGAUCAGGAACUAAACAACUUAAGCAUAUUUUAUUGAAAGAUGUGGACACUAUUUUUGAAUGUAAAUUAUGCCGCAGUCUCUUCAGAGGAUUACCAAAUUUAAUUACCCAUAAGAAAUUCUACUGCCCACCAAGUCUCCAGAUGGAUGAUAACCUUCCUGAUGUAAAUGAUAAACAAAGCCAAGCCAUAAAUGAUCUCCUAGAAGCCAUAUAUCCAAGCGUGGACAAGCGAGAAUAUAUUAUUAAGCUAGAACCCAUAGAAACAAAUCAGAAUGCAGUGUUUCAAUAUAUUUCAAGAACUGAUAAUCCUGCUGAAGUCACAGAGUCAAGCAGUACUCCUGAACAAACUGAAGUUCAAAUACAGGAAGCUAGCACUGAGCAAUCUAAAACAGUACCAGUUACUGACACAGAGGAGGAAACUGUAGAGACCCCUCCUGUUGAGAUUGUUGCAGAUGAUGUUGUACCUACAUCUGAUGAACAACCCCAGGAAUCACAGGCUGACUUGGAAACGUCUGACAAUUCUGAUUUUGGUCACCAGUUGAUAUGUUGUCUUUGUAGAAAAGAAUUCAAUUCUAGACGAGGUGUUCGCCGCCACAUUCGAAAAGUGCACAAGAAAAAGAUGGAAGAAUUGAAAAAGUACAUUGAAACACGAAAGAAUCCAAACCAAUCCUCUAAAGGACGCAGUAAGAAUGUUCUAGUUUCAUUAAGUAGGAGUUGUCCAGUAUGUUGUAAAUCAUUUGCUACAAAAGCGAAUGUAAGGAGGCAUUUUGAUGAAGUUCAUAGAGGACUAAGGAGGGAUUCAAUUACUCCAGAUAUAGCAACAAAGCCCGGGCAACCUUUGUUCUUGGAUUCUGUUUCUCCUAAAAAAUCUUUUAAGACUCGAAAACAAAAGUCGUCUUCAAAGGCUGAAUACAAUUUAACUGCAUGCAAAUGCCUCCUUUGCAAGAGGAAAUAUAGUUCACAAAUAAUGCUUAAAAGACAUAUGCAAAUUGUCCACAAGAUAACUCUUUCGGGAACAAACUCUAAAAGAGAGAAAGGCCCUAAUAAUACUGCCAACAGUUCAGAAAUAAAAGUUAAAGUUGAACCAGCAGAUUCUGUAGAAUCUUCACCCCCUUCCAUUACCCAUUCUCCGCAGAAUGAAUUAAAGGGAACAAAUCAUUCAAAUGAAAAAAAGAACACACCGGCAGCACAGAAAAAUAAAGUUAAACAAGAUGCUGAAAGCCCUAAAUCAACUAGUCCCUCGGCUGCAGGUGGCCAGCAAAAAACUAGGAAACCAAAACUUUCAGCUGGCUUUGACUUUAAGCAGCUUUACUGUAAACUUUGUAAACGUCAGUUUACUUCCAAACAGAACUUGACUAAACACAUCGAGUUGCACACAGAUGGAAAUAACAUUUAUGUUAAAUUUUACAAGUGUCCUCUUUGCACUUACGAAACUCGUCGGAAACGUGAUGUGAUACGACACAUAACUGUGGUUCAUAAAAAGUCAUCUCGCUAUCUUGGGAAAAUAACAGCCAGUUUAGAGAUCAGAGCUAUAAAAAAGCCUAUUGAUUUUGUUCUAAAUAAAGUGGCAAAAAGAGGCCCUUCGAGGGAUGAAGCAAAACAUAGUGAUUCAAAACAUGAUGGCACUUCUAAUUCUCCUAGUAAAAAAUAUGAAGUAGCUGACGUCGGUAUUGAAGUAAAAGUCACAAAAAACUUUUCUCUUCACAGAUGCAAUAAGUGUGGAAAGGCAUUUGCCAAAAAGACUUACCUUGAACAUCAUAAGAAAACUCAUAAGGCAAAUGCUUCCAAUUCACCUGAAGGAAACAAAACCAAAGGCCGAAGUACAAGAUCUAAGGCUCUUGUCUGCCUGGCGAAGCCGUCGCCCCGCAGCGCCGCAGCACUGCGCCCGCCGGCAGGCGCCGUCACCACACGCCAGGCCGCCGCCAGCUGCCGAGCCAAGUUCCGCGGCGGCGCCGCCCGGGAGCGCCAGCACGCGCGCGGCCUCGGCAGGCCCUCCGCCCCCUGAGCGCCGCCGACCCGCCGACGCCGCCCAGCGCAGCCGCCAGCCAGCCCGCGAUCCCCAGCCUGCCUCGGACCUCGCGUCACCCCUCGCCCCGCCGGGUCUACCCCAGAGUCCUUUGCCCCAGCUCCUCAGGACCACGUGCCUUAGGGCCGGGCCGGGAGGGGCGGCCCCGGUGCUAGUCAUCACCUUACUCCUUCCCGCUUGCCUGCCAGAAUCCAGCUCCUCGGAGAAUCUCACCACACAUUCCUUUUCCGUCCUGCUGGUAAUUCAUGUACUUCCUAUUCAUAGUCAUUUUCUUUCGUUAUUAGUUCUGCAAGGUCGUCUUCUCAACCCCACUCAGUCUUCUCCACCUCAAGCCCUUUCAUCAGCCAACCAUCCCCCGCUCCUGCUGCAGUCCUCUAGAAGAUUGUUUUAAUAACGUUCUAAAUCCCUAGCGACUGUGGGGUGUUUGACACAAUUUGAACUCUAGCUUUCAGUCCUCCCCGCCACCUUCCUAUAACUUCAUCUCCCAAGACUAUUUCUUCCCUUCAGAAACAGCCCUUGCCCCCAUGAUUCUAACUUUGUCAUCCUUAGAAACUACAUCUUCCUUAGCAUUUUCUCUGUGGAGACCAAGGGAAUGCACCUUUCAGGUCUCUUGCCCCAGAUAGCUUUCUUGAUUGGUGGCUCCCCCUGCCUGUUCAGGGGAUCCACCAGAGUUGCCAUGGAGGUGGUGCUUCUCCUGUGCUAUUCCUUGUUAUAGCAUAAUUAGAACGUUGGUCAUGGCCCAUUCAUGUGAGAUGCAGGACUCUUCUGAUGAGCAGUUUUGCCUUGGGUACACCUCAACACCUGACUGGAACUUUCUUAGAACUGUGCUGCAUGCAGUCUGAGGCUUUUCCUGCCCAAUCCCCCUCUCUCCUUUAAUACAUGGCUCAGACUGCCUUUUGGUAUGAGCCUUUCUUCCCCUCACCCUCCUGCUUCUUUCCCUUUAUCCUUCACAGGGUAACCCCUUAAUAGAACUUUUGCACCUUGAACCCUGUCGUGGUGUCUGCUUCUAUGACCUGAACUAACACAUUGUCAGACAUUCCACUCUGAUCACCUAUUUCCUAUCCUGGAUUCUUUGCUCACUGAUAGCUAGUUCAUUAACCUCAUACGUUCCAUUAUUAAUCAGCCCUUGCCUUAGAUGCAUGUCCUUGUCUAGCCUAGAUUUCAUGGCCCAUCAUCAUAGCCACUGUCCUUGAAAUGCAGUGGUCUCAGCACUAUUGAACCUCAGUUUCCUCCAAGUUAUUUUCCGGACAAAAUCCCAACCCCAGAUGAACCUUACUUACCAUCUGCUUUGCCUGGACCUGAGUAGGACGACUCAGCACUUUUUUUUUUUUUUUAAGAAAAUCACAAAACUCAGUGAACUAGUUUUAUUUUCAAUCCAUUUUCUCAAACCUCAAAUUGGUAGUGUUGUUCCUAACAUAGUCUGUUUCCCACUUCUGAAACUACUGUUUAUAUUUUCAUCUCCUCAAAAUGUUUUGAUCUCCUCCUCCUCCCCGUUUUAUCUUUUUCUGAGAAAGUGGGAGCUAUUACAUACAAAUUUCCUCAUCUUCCCACCACAAGACCCUCCAACCCAGCUUUCUUGGGAACCAGUUCCUCCUUUUUAUAACUGUGGAGGAAGCUUCAAAAGACGGCUCCUCCUCCUGUGCUCAGGAUACCAGGAUACCACUCCCUCUGGACUUUUCAAGAACUUGCUCUUUAGGUUUUCCCUUUCUCUGUUCUGCAUCAUCAGUUCCCUGUCCUCAGUGGAUCAUUCUCAUCAGCUUGCACACAUGCUCCAGUGUCCUUCAUUUUAAAUAAAUCUUUCCUUAUGUACAUCUUCAUCAUCUAUAGCCAUUUCUCAGCUCUUCUUUAUAACCACACUUCUUUGAGAGAUUGUCAUUAUCUAUUGUCUGUGUUUCCUAAUCUUCUAUUUGCUUUUUAAAUUUUUUUUAGUUGUAGUUGGACACAAUACCUUUAUUUUAUUUAUUUAUUUUUUUGUGGUGCUGAGGAUCCAACCCAGGGCUUUGCAUGUGCUAGGCAAGUGCUGUACCGCUGAGCCACAACCCCCAGCCCUUCUAUUUGCUCUUCAGUCCACAAGGAUGCUGCCUUCCCAGUACUACUACUGACCAUGCCCUUGUUAGGGUCACCCAAACAAAAGAGCUUCUGUGAAUGUUCUUUUUUUUUUUUUCCCAUAUCUAAGCCCUUAUUCUCUCUUGGUUUUCCUUCUGUAUCACUAAUCACCCCCCAGUUUUCUGCUCCCAUCUUCUAAUUUUGAAAAGUUAGGGCUGACUCCUUUCUGGUUUCUCUCUUCUUCUUGUAUUCUUUCCCAGGAAUCUUACCAACUUUCAUAGACUUAAGUACCAUCUUUAUGCCAAGAUGAGUUUCAAAUUUAUGUUUCCCACCUAGACCUUUUAUCUCUGUUCUAGACUCACAUAUCUAAUUGGUAAACUUAUCUACUUCUUUUCAAAUUCAGUGCCAUCUCUUAGUCCUGAUCAAUAUUUUUUCUCACCUAACUACUAUAAUAGCCAGUCUUAUGGGAUCAUUUACUCUUGACCCACUUCAUUAGAUUUUUGAUUAAGUCAUAGCUUUGACCUAUAUUUUAAAUUGAAUCAAGUAAAUUGUUGCUUAAAGGAUAAAAUCAAUCCCAUAUCAUGGUUAACAUAGCCCUACACAAUCUGAUCCAUACCUAUGUCUCCAAUCCCAUCUGUAAUCUUCUCCUUAUUGCUCAUGAUCAUCCACACUCGUUCCUUCAACAUGCCAGGAUCCUUUCUCCUUCUCAGUGGCUUAGUAAAUGCUGAUCUCUCUGCUCAUGCUGUUCUUCACAGCCACUUUUUCCCCCACCAAAACAUAUCCUUCAGAUGAGUACUCAUACAAUAUUUUAAGAAAGGCCUGGCCGGAGCACUCUAUUGAAAAUAGUAUCCACCUUUUUCUUUUCCCAUUUGCUAUUUUAGUUCUUUAUUUGUAACCUUAUUUAUUUAUUUACAUUUUCUUGGGGGCAGGGUGUCUAUUUUCCCUACUAGAAUGUUUGAGGAAAGAGACUUGUGUGCAGAUGUCUACAUCUUUCAAUAUUGUUUUCUCAUCCCCUAACACAAUAUUGGGCAUGUAUUAAAUGUACAAUAAAUACCUGUUUAAGGAAUGAAUGAAUGCAUAAGCUAAUUUUUGGAAGGGUUUAUUUUUUAUUGAUUAGUAAGAGCUCUUUUUAUAUUAAAACCACUAACCAUUUGUUUCUUCUGUAUGCUACAGACAUUUUGCUCCUUCUCAGAUAUAUAAAAUUUAAUCCAUGAUGUAUUUGAUAUUCAGAAAUACUGCAUUUUUCCAUUUAGAUAAAUCUUUUUAAAAAUUAUUCUUUUGGUGAUAUGUUUUAAAAGGUCUUCUCAGUGCCAAUGUUAUAUAAAUAUAUGUCUAUGUUUCCUUUUAGUUUUUUAGAUUCAAAUCUUUAUUCCAAAUGGAAUUUAUUUUUGAUAUAGUUGUAAUUAAGGGUCAAAAUAUUUAUUUAGUUGUUGCAUUAUCAUUUAUUGAAAACUCUUUUCUACUGUUUUGAAUAUUUCUCAUUUGUCAAAUAUUAAAUUCUUACAUAUACUUAGAGUGGUUUCUGGAUUUAUUGUUUAUUUUUUGGUAUCUCUAUUCCUGAACUAUAUUAUUCUAAUGUUGCCAUUGUUUUACUAUGAUGUUUAACUUUUCAUUGGGAGUAAAUAUUGCUUUUAUUCUUCAAAAUACUUUUGGCUGUAUUUGUGCAUUUAUUCUUCCAGAUAAGCUUUAGUUACAUUCUAGUCAAAUUACAAAAAAAAAAAAAAAAGAAUUCUAUUGACUUUUUAAAAAAUUGCUUUAACAUUAUAGUUUAUUUGGGGGAGAAUUGCCAACUUUGUGAUAGUGUUUCCUGUUUAGGAAGUUGUCACAUGUCAAGUUUACUAAAGACAUCUUUUAUGUUCUUCAGUAGUUUUUUUUUCAUGCCCUGCAUAUUUCUUCUUAUUAGUUAUACUAUUAGAUAUUUCAUGUCUUUGUUGCUGUUUAAGUGGGAUCAUCCCCCCCCCCCUUUUUAUAACCAACCUGAUUACACCUUUUGGAGUCAAGUAAUUGAUUUUUGUAUUUGGCUACUUUCCUCAACCCUUUCAUUAAUCUUUCUUCUUGAUUCUCUUCUAAAUAGCCAAUCAUUUGUAAUUAAUGAUACUUAAUGAUACAUAAAUGUAACUAAUGAUACUUUCCUCUCUUCCUUUACAAUAUUUAUACCUCAUAUACUAAAUAAAUGAUGGUGAUAACUUUGUUCUUAUUCCUUACUUUUUAGGAAUGCCAUUAAUAUUUCACCAGCUUUUGAUAUUAGCUGUUGGGCUGAAAUAUAGGUCUUUAUCAGGUUAAGGAAGUGGUUUCCUAGCUCAAGAAUACUAACCAUUUUAUUGGAAGUUGAAUUAUAUUAAACCAGGCAAAUAGAGAUCAUCAUCUGGUUUUACUCUUAUGGCCUAUUAUCAUGAUAAAUUGUCAUGGAUUUCUUAACAUUGUUUUAUUUCUGCAUGAGCUAUAACCUCAUUCAUCAUGGUGGAUUUUUUUCCCUUUUUCAGUAUAUAAUGUUGAAUUCAACUUUUUACAUUUAAUUUGAGAUUAUUGCAUUUAUACUCAUGGAAACAAUUGGACUAUAAUUGUACAUUUUGUAUUGUACUUUGUCAGCUUCAAAAAAUGAUUUUUCUAGUGUGUUCUAUGUUCUAGAUUAGUACAUAGUUAGGAAUUGCCUGUUCUUUGAUGGUUUGGAGGAACUUACCCAUAACACUAUUUAGGCCUCAAGCUUUUUCAGAGUGGGUGAGUGAAAGAUAAUUCUAUGAAAACUUUAAAAACUUCUUCUAUGCUUUUGUCUUAAGCAGGUUAACUACUAUUUCUUGACUAUCAAUUUUAAAAUUAUAUUUUAGAAUUAUGAAUUUUUCAUAGAAUUUUAAAAGUUGUUAGCAGAUUUGUACAUAAAAUUAUCUUAAAAUUAAAAAAAUUUUUCUCUAUAUCUGAGAUUAUAUCUUCUUUCUUAUUCCUAAUCCUUUUAGUUGCAUUUUCCUUUCUUUUAUUAGAAUUCCAGUCUUUUUAAGAAACCAACACUUAGAAAUUUCAUUAAUUCUAUUUUUCCUAUUGUAUAUACCAAUAUAAUUAUUCAUCUUUAAUUCCUCACUUAUUUUUCAUAGGUAUAUUUUGUUGAUUUAUGAAUGUUUCUUUGUAAUUGAUGGUUUAGUUCAUUUAUUUUUAUUUCUUAUUUAAUAAUAGGAACGUAAGACUAUAAAUUUACCUCUGGGCACAGCUUUGACUACAUCUCAAAAGUUUUGUUAUGUAGUCUCUUAAUGUUACUAUUUUAAAAUAAUGUAUUAUAAUUGCUGUUUCUAUUUCAUUUUUGACUGGUGUUACUUAGUAUAGUGUUAUGAGGCUUUUGUUAUUGUUAAUCUUGCCUUCUUUAAUAAAAAGUGAGUUUAUUAAUA